UAGGAGGUGGACCAAGGAGAGGAAAAGGCGCCGCUGUUGGAGAGCAUGGAAGGGAUAGAUACUCAAGGAGACUCUGGUCAUUGGCAUCGGAAUGAGACCGACGAAGAGAAAUUAGGCGCUGAGGUUCCAGAGACUGCACAUCAGAUAAGCAGUGAUUCAUGGUUUCAAGUGGGUUUCGUCCUCACCACUGGUAUCAACAGUGCUUAUGUCCUUGGAUAUUCUGGAACCAUCAUGGUUCCUCUGGGUUGGAUAUUUGGUGUUGUGGGCUUAAUUUUAGCUACAGCCAUAUCAUUAUAUGCAAAUACUCUUGUUGCCAAGCUACAUGAAUAUGGAGGCAAGAGGCAUAUAAGAUACAGGGAUCUUGCAGGGGCUCUAUAUGGUAAGAAAGCUUAUUCUCUUACUUGGGCAUUGCAAUAUGUAAACCUUUUCAUGAUCAACACUGGGUUCAUUAUUUUGGCUGGCUCGGCCCUAAAGGCUGUGUAUGUUCUUUUCAGGGAUGACGAGGUGAUGAAGCUUCCGUAUUUCAUUGCAAUAGCUGGGUUUGGAUGUGCCUUGUUUGCCAUAGGAGUUCCCCAUUUGUCUGCGCUAAGAGUAUGGCUGGGAUUCUCAACAUUUUUCAGUCUGGUAUACAUUGUUAUAGCAUUUGUGCUGUCUCUUAAAGAUGGAAUUGAAGCACCACCCCGGGAUUACAGCAUUCAUGGAACAAACUCAAGUAGAAUAUUUACAACAAUUGGGGCCUGCGCAAAUCUUGUUUUUGCAUUCAAUACAGGAAUGCUCCCAGAAAUACAGGCAACAAUAAGGCAGCCAGUUGUUAAGAACAUGAUGAAAGCUCUGUACUUUCAGUUCACAGUUGGAGUUUUGCCAAUGUAUGCUGUUACUUUUGUUGGUUACUGGGCUUAUGGAUCUUCAACAUCAGCCUAUCUUCUCAAUAACGUCAACGGUCCUGUUUGGGUGAAGACCUUGGCCAACAUCUCUGCCUUUCUGCAGACAGUGAUCGCGUUGCAUAUAUUCGCGAGUCCAAUGUACGAGUAUUUGGAUACCAAGUUCGGAAUAAAAGGAAGUGCAUUGUCACCCCGCAACUUGUCAUUUAGAAUAGCGGUGAGAGGCGGCUACUUGGCUGUUAACACCCUAGUUUCUGCUCUUCUGCCCUUCUUAGGCGAUUUCAUGAGCCUUACGGGUGCAAUCAGCACAUUCCCUCUCACAUUUAUCCUUGCAAACCACAUGUAUCUAAUCGCAAAGAAUAAGAAAUUGAAUUCUUUGCAAAAGCUCUGGCAUUGGCUCAACAUUUUAUUCUUUGGAUGUGUGGCUGUUGCAGCAGCAGCUGCAGCCUUAAGGCUUAUAGCUGUGGAUUCCAAAACUUACCAUGUGUUUGCUGAUCUGUGACGCAUGUGCUAAGAUAUGCAGGUUUUGCGCGACGAGGAAGGAGUGCUUGAAGAGAAUGAUGGCUAUGGCCCAACUGUUUUGGGCUUGCUGUCUUGGGCUUGUGGCCCCUUCAUAUUGGGUCUUCUAUUAGCCUUAUGGUCCUUCUAUUUGAUGGACUUUAUCAUGGGCUGACAUUGUUGUUCAAUCUGUGUUCUAUACGACACAGUAUUAUUUUUUAUUCUUCAUCUGAGUUCCUGUCUCAUCAGCCAUUAGAGUGUAACUUGAAAUUACAUAAAUAAAGUGUAAAACAGGUUUCUUCCAAUCUUCAUCA